CCGAGCGUGUUUCACGAUCACUCGUUGUGAGCGAACCGGCGUGCUCGACGACUCGAAUUUCUUCGGACCCUCAGAAGGAAACCCCCCGCACGAACAUUCACCUGUUUCGGCGUAAUCAACAGGUUAACCGGUAAACUUAAACUUACUGAAGCCCGCGCGCCUCUUUAUUUUUUUUUCUUGCGGCGUGCGUAGUUUUUUGGAGAUUUUCUUGGAAGACCGCCUAUGCGAAUGGCAGAUUUGUGAUUUUUUUUUUGGGAGAGUUUUUUGCCAUAUGGAAACGCUGAUUUUGUAGCUGUUUUUUUUUGUGUGUUAAGUACGCGAAGCUUUUUUUUUGUUAAUUUUUUCUGUUUGAAUUGGACCUUGUCAAAAUGAUGGAAACCUGCUUUGAAGUGGAUAAGUCGUUCUACGAUAUUGAAACUGCUGAUGAUUUGAAUAAGUUGUGGAAUGAGUCUGAUUUAGAUCCGGAAAUGCCAGAUGUCUUAAGGCUUCACUCUGGGGAAAACGGCGACGAGUGGUCUUUUAUUGAAGCCAAAGAUAUUCCCGGAAUAAUUCUGCACGAUCGGUUAAUGACAGACGCGGCACUGGGAACCAGACCAAUUAAAGCGGAACACAGCUACAGUUUAAGCACGGACAUAGACUCGCAGCCAGAAACAUCGAAACAGGCACACUCAAAAGUUGAUGACAUGGAAGAUGAAUGUUACCCAGCGAUAUCAAUGAACCCGUCAUCCUGCGACAGACUGACAGAUGUACAGAUGCAUAUCAAAGAAGAAAUCACAGACAUCAAAGACGAAUACAGCAGCGAAACGGAAAGUAUACAUAGCUCAUGCCCGUCAUCGCCACAACCACAGUUAGUUCAGGAAAAUGAAAUACAGUUUGAUGUCUCACAAAUCUCUCAGGCGCUACUACAACAGACCGGGCACAACAUUGUGAUCACAACAAAUACCCUUCUACCACAGAGGAUACAAAUACCAAAAAUAAAUUUUAAGUUAGCAACCUCAAAUGGCAGCACAUUCCACCUUCCCCCCACCCCGCCAUCGUGCAGCAGCAGUGACGAUUCCGAAGACAAUGCGACGAUUUCUCAGCCAAGUUCGCCAGCAGCCAGAAAAGCCAACCGGCCAAUUUUACCAAACCCACCCGUAAGGCAGCCCAUUUAUACUCCCUUGAUUAGUAGUCAGCCGAAAGGCUCCACCGGCAUCCUGGUUCUCACAGAGGAAGAAAAGAGGACGCUCAUAGCUGAAGGAUAUCCAGUUCCUACACGUCUACCUCUUACGAAAUCCGAAGAAAAGUCAUUAAAGAAAAUAAGGAGGAAAAUAAAGAAUAAGAUAUCAGCGCAGGAAAGCAGACGCAAAAAGAAAGAAUAUAUGGACACCCUAGAAAGAAAAGUGGAAAUCCUAGUGAACGAAAACAACGAUUUUAAAAAGACCAUCGAAACCCUCCAGGAAUCAAACAGCGAUCUUCUCCAGAAACUCCAGAAAUUGCAGGCGAUUGUCACGAGAAUGCAGACCCAAAAGUAAUCACCUAUUUUUAGGUCCAUUUGUGUGUAAAUGUCGCAGGCAGAUUUAAGAGAAUUUUGUAUAUUAUAAAUCCGCUCAUAUUAAUUUAGUCCGAAUCGAUUAGAUAAGAAAACGUCUUCCAUCCAGAUUUUGCCUUUUUGUACGGUGGUUCCAAUGUAUGUCUUUUCUAGUACACUGUAGAAGUUGGUGAAAUUUUAACACAUUCCGUAUAGUUAAACCAAAGGGAAAAGUGUAAAUGUACGAAUAAGCGUUUCAAAGAACCAAUUUAUAGUAUCUAAUAUAUUUUUAUAUAAAAAUAAUGUUCGGGUUACAUUUAAGAUGUUUGAGGCCCCUUAAUUAAGUAAUUUGUGACUGCUUUCCUUUUUUUUUCUUGUAUGCCAUGUGUACUUAUUUGUAUAUACGAUUAAGCGAAAUCAUAUAACAGCAUAAAACAUUAAUUUAUUGAAUUUUGGAAACUCGGAUGUUCAACAAAAAAUGUAUGAAUUCAAUUAAAAAAUAAACUUUGCAACUGGGAUACAAUGACUUUGACAAAAAAAUACCAAUCCAAAAAUAAGCUUGAAAGUCUGUAUGUAAUAUUAUAAACUAAAAUAGAUAUUUUAGUUUAUAGCUGAAAUAAAAAAGUAUAGAUAAUAUCUUCAAUUAAACUAAUAUAAAAAAUUGUCAUAAAAAGAUAUGUGCAAUAUUUUAUUCUUGUAUUUUGAAUAUAAAAAAUUCAACAGUAAAAAGAUUAAUUUGCUACAUAAGAUUUAGUCUCCUGAAAAGGUCAACGAAACAUGCUUAGAAAUUUUAAUAGUGGUUAUAGUCAAAGUGUGUUAAGUAUUUUUGUCAAGCUGGUAAUAUUAUUUUAUUUAUUUUUCUCAUACAGACAAUUUAUCAAAUAAUAAUAUACAAAUAUAUUUUUUGACAUUUCUAAUCGUUUUUUAUGUGGCCUAACAUAUCACUUGAAUAAAUAUACCUAAUUAAAUUCCUAUUUUUAUAAAACCAUAUUUAAUAUAGAACCAACCAUAUAACAACUACUUCAUAAAACUAUAAGGAAAAUUAUAAUUUCGCUUCUUCGUAAAGUAUACAUACCCACUAUCCUCAAGUUAGGUGGUAAUUUGCAUAUUCUAAAUCUAUAUUUUUAGGUACCUAUUGUGCAAUUAUUAGUAAACAUAAAAGAGUACAAAUAUUAAUUGCAUUUGUAUAUAGGAACAGUACAACAAUGUCUACAAUCAUCCCAAUUUUGAGAUUAACCUUGAAGCUUCAUUGCAUUUUUUAAACAUGUGUAUUACCAUGAUUCUUAACUAAUAGUUUUAAGUUCAUUAAUCUUACAGAGGAGUAUUAACUAAUAUGCAUCUGUCCGCUAAAGCAUUUAUUUAAAAAAAAAUCAGACUGAUUAAGGAUAACUUUAUGUCAAGUGAAACAUCAAACGUGCAAUUAAUUAUAAAAUUACGAUAGUUAUUUAAUCUUUUAAAAGAGUAUUUAUUUAAAAGUAACAUUGUUAUAAUAUUUUUUUUGAUUUACCGAGUUAAGGAUAUUUAGUUUAAAGUUUUAUAUUAAAAAUUUUAUCGUUGGUAAAAUUUGUUAAAAAAUUGCUUGUAUGUAUAUAUUUUGUCACCGAGAGUCCUAUAUAUUAAGUUGUUAUAAAAACAUUUUAUUAUUUUACUAAAACAAGUUUUCAUUAGGAAGAGUUAUAAGUAGGUUAAAUCUAGUUAUGUAAAUUUUGCCAAAUCAACCAUUAUAUGGAGGAAUCUUAAUCAUUUUGAAUAUUGUUCGUAAAAUUCUUCCAUAUCUAUUUCAGGGGACUUACUCAUACUAAAUAAGACGCUUCUGAUAAUAAUUAUAAUUAAUAUAUGUUAGUAUUUUACUAAAUAGGCAAAUUCAUUAUUAAUAUUAUUAUUCUUAGUUAAAUGGAAUUUACUUACUUACACCUUUAUUGGUUUAUUAGUAAUAUUAUUAACUGCUGCUCUUAUCGUACUGCAUAUAUUAUGUAGAUUAUAGGCAGAUGACGUUAUAUAUACCAUUAUAUUUUUUACAUGUUUCACGUGUUUAUAGCGAAUCCGCCUUAGGGAUAUAUUUGCCGCAUUGUAUUUAGUUUUUAGGGAAGUCAUUUGCUUUCAUUUUUGCACAUUGCGUCCCGUUUGUUAAUGUUUUCUUUGUGACUUAAAGUAUAUAAAUAUACAUAUAUAAAAUAAA